UGUCGAGAUGAGGAUUAGAACUGCUGCGGCGACGUAUACACCGCUUUUCACCAAGUAGCACUCGCCGCCCAACCAUCCCGCCGCGUACGGUUGCCGUCUGCUCAUACUUGACGCCGCGCUCAGUAGCAAUAUCACUACGAUUUGUAGCUGCUUUGUUUGCCAUCUGCCAUAUGUAGUAGCUGUUCGUUGCUGCCAUUUGUGUGACGUGCCAGGUCUUACCCCACUUUUUUAAAUCUACACUGAUUCUUCAUAGAUUCAGUCAAAUCUUCUCAAAUCUACUUCGAUUUUCAGAUUUGAGCAGUUUGUGUAGACAAACUCUAAUCAAUCAGCUUGCUUUGAAGAUUCAUACAAUGGAUGAUUCGAGUAGCAGCAGUCAAGAUGAGGGGAAUGUUCUUAUUCGUUAUGAGGUCAAGAAGACUGCUCGACGUGGCCCAACCAUUAUGCCUGAGUUGAUACACAUAAGAAAUUCUGGGGAACGCAAAACAAUUGAAUAUAAUGAUCUAGGUCAACCUGUUGGAGAAAAUGCAAAGAAAAUGCAAAGUUUCAUUGGUGUUUGUGUUAGACAACAAAUUCCAUUGACUUACAAAAGUUGGAAAGCAGUUCCACAGGAACUUAAGGAUACAAUUUUUGACUGUAUACAAAUGUCGUUUGUGGUGGACCUUGGUUCCAAACAUUAUAUUCUUCAAUCUGCAUCAAAGAAGUUUCGGACUUUUAAAUCCACAUUAACUCAGCAGUACAUACUUCCAUAUAAAGAUGAACCAUCUCGCUUGCAGAAUCCUCCAGAAAAAUAUUCACAUAUUGAUAAGAAACAAUGGGAGUCAUUUGUUAAAGCAAGACUAAGUGAAGAGUGGGAGACAUUUAGUAGUGCUCAAAGAGAAAGAAGGGCAAAAUGCAUAUAUAAUCAUCACAUCUCUCGCAAGGGAUAUGCAAAUCUUGCUCAAGAAUUAGAAUUGUCAAGUGAUCCUUGCAAUCGGGCAACUUUAUGGAAAGAAGCACGAAAAAGAAAAAAUAAUGAAUACUCCGACAUUGCCACUAGAGAAUGUGCUAAGCGAAUUGAUGAAUUAGCUGCGAUACGCAAGGGACAAGAUAUUUUGACUGAAGCAUUGGGCACGCCAGAACAUAGAGGGCGUAUAAGGGGAGUUGGCGAGUUUGUUUCACCAGCUCUACAUUACAAUGUCGCUAAAGGAAAGUUGAAAUUGAUUCAAGAAUCUCAAAAUGAAGCUGAGACUCAACAAUCUCAAGACAAAGAUGAGACUCAACAAUCUCAAGACAAAGAUGAGACUCGACAAUCUCGAAGUAGUGUUGUAGAGAAGAAGACAAAAAGAAAGAGGGUUCAGAAAGGAAGAAAUGUCCAGAAACGAAAAAAAGUUCCAAAAGGAAAAAUGGUUGUUAAAGAUCCUGAAGAAAUUUUGGAGGGAAUACCGUGUCACUUGGCUAUAGGAUCGGUGGACAACAUUGUUGCCGUAGGCACAAUGUUUGAGUCUGAUGCUCAAUGUCCAUCCAUUAAUGAAAUUCCACUAGGACCCGAUAAUGUUAGAGCGAUGGUCGAUAUUGUCAUGGGCGAAGACGUUGCGUUACCAAUUCCUCAAAAGGAUAAAAUAAAGACUUUAGAUCAAGCGAUUGGUAACUUUGUGGCUUGGCCACGCAAACUUGUAAUUACGACUAAGGAGAAAAAGGCUCCAUCUCCGACUACAUCUAAGAGUAUUGCACAAUCUUCAAAAUAUACGGAUGUCCACGUUACCAUCAAGCUCCUAAAUAGAUAUGCUAUGCAUUCCAUGCAAGUGGAUGAUAUGAUUCAAAUCAAUUUGAGCGAGCAGAUUCUUGGAAAGGAGAAAACAAUUUAUUUACAACGUGACGACAUCAUUCAAUAUUGUGGGAUGGCUGAAAUUGGUUAUUCAUGUAUACUUGCAUACAUUGCGUGUCUUUGGAAUGCAUGCGACUCAGAGAUAACAAAAAAGUUUGUAAUAGUUGACCAAGCAACCAUUUCAUCACAUGUAAAGCCUCAAGAACUCCGUUCCAAAAAUCUAAUCAAUAGGUUAGAAAUGGUAAGCCUUGAUCAACUAGUACUCAUCCCGUAUAACACUGGUAGUUGCCAUUGGAUAUUGAUUAUUAUCAAUCUUCAAGAAAAUUGUGUUUAUGUCAUGGACUCUUUACGAAGUAAGAUUCUAGAAGAAUUUCAAGGAGUCAUAAAUACAUCUUUGAAAAACUGGCAAGCUAAACAUUCUCUCGAACAAUAUCGCACUCGUAUACGUUGGAAACCUAUAAAGUGCCCUCGUCAGUUUGGUGCUAUAGAGUGUGGGUACUAUGUGCAAAAGUAUAUACGAGAAAUAGUGCAAAACUCUAAUACCCACAUAAGUAAUCUUUUUAACACAAGACUUGCCUAUGAACAAAAAGAAAUCGAUGCAGUUCGAUUGGAAUGGGCAGAAUUUGUUGCACGAUUUGUGUAGUGAUAUUGAAGUAUUUGUUAAUUUUCUAUAUUUUAAGUAUGAAUUUGAUUCUUUUCGUAUUUAGCUAUGAAAUGGAAAUACUAGUUUAUACAUAUAUUUGGUAGUAUGUAUUAAGUGUUGGAUGCUAUUUAAUAAAGUUUGUGGCGAGAUGGAUGGUCGGUCCCGUUCGUAUA